AUGCUACGUCUGCUCCUUGGACUUGGCAUUGUGGCAGCAGAGCUUGAGCUGGACACGCAGGUGCAGCCCGAGCCCUGCCGGGGUGGCUCCUGCACAGCUGGCACUGCAGGCACCGGCUUCGUGCAGUACAGGAACGUGGUGCAAAAGAGGGCUUCGCUCUUCGACGACUUUUGUCAGGGCAAGACUGGCCUUUUUGCGGCACCGGCCGAUGCAGAGGGCAACGUGGAUUGCCAGGGCUACUACAACUGCUUCCACGGCAACGAGGCCAUGCAGCUCUGCGGCAGCGGCCGUCGCUUCAACCCAGCGACGAAGAAUUGUGACUGGAAGAGGAACGUCGCUUGCGACGUGCAGACAACGACUCUUGCUCCCGGCCUGACGACGACGCAGGCUACCACACAGAGCUCUGUGUCUCCGUCUCCGUCAACGAGUUCACCAACUGAUCCAAGCGAGUUCUGCAGUGGGAAGGUUGGCCUCUAUGCGGCCCCGGUUGACAUGGCAGGGAAUGAAGACUGCCGAGGAUAUUUCAACUGCUUUCAUGGAGACGAGUCCAUGCAGCUUUGUGUUCCGGGUCAGCGCUUCAAUUCCGACCUGAAGAACUGCGACUGGCGUGCCAAUGUGGAAUGUGUCACCGCACCCACGACGGGUGGCAUCACAACGACGGCUACUGAAUCCAGCAGCUCAACCACAGUAUCUACGACGAUGGGCACAACUUCCACAUCAGUGGUUGAAGCCACAUCCACAACUCUUGCAACAACGCAGCCCGGCGGCACCACAAGUGGCAAGAUUUUCGUGGCAUACUUUGCGAACUGGUUUCAAUGGUGGCCGGCCCCGUACAAGUUCAUGCCGUCCAACAUUGCAGCAGACAAGAUAACGCAUCUCAACUACGCCUUCGCCAUGAUCCACAGCAGUACCUUCAAGAUCCGUCACUUUGAGGACAAUGAUGUGAGCAACUGGGGAACCGGCAACUGGGAAGUACCUUGCAGCCAGCAGCCUGCCGGCUGUACCAAAGGCCUCUACGAGCAAGUGAACGAUCUCAAGGUGGCGCACCCUCACCUCAAGACGUUGAUCUCAAUCGGCGGCUGGUCCUUCAACCUUCCGGCAAGUGAGGAUGCUGAGAGCGCCAGGCGCAUGUCGCGGCUCGAUUCUGGUUGGACCGAGUACGUCUUCUCGGAUAUGGUGAGCACAGCUGCAAACCGCCAGAAGUUCGUGGAAUCUUCCAUUGACUUCUGUCGCACGUGGGGUUUUGACGGCCUGGACUUGGAUUGGGAGUAUCCGGGUUUCAUUGGCCGUGGUGGCCGUGUCACUGACAAAGCCAACUUUGCAACGCUCUUGCGUGAGCUUCGGGCCGCGUUCGACGCGGAAGCUGCAGCCUCCGGUAGGAACGCGCUCCUGUUGACCGCAGCGGUCGGCAUUGGGCCCACCACUGCGGACAACGCGUACGAUGUGCCCGCUCUUGACGAGACUUUGGAUUUCAUCAAUUUGAUGACGUAUGACAUGUACGGAGGCUGGAGCCCGGAGAAGACUGCCAUUCAUAGCCAGCUCUAUGCCGGUGAGGGAGACUCCUUUGGGGGUGGGAUUCCGUUGAGUGGUGAGUAUGUAGUCAAAGACUGGAUCUCACGAGGCGCCAGUGUGAGCAAAUUGGCACUCGGGCUCGUGACCUACAGCCGCAGUUUCCAGCUGCAGAGCAGCACCCCCGGUCAGGGUCCAGGAGCGGCAGGACAAGGAUAUGGAGCCACUCAGCCCUACAGCAAGCAAGUCGGGCUUGCAAGCUACUAUGAGAUCCUUACCCUGCUGAGCCAGGGGGCUGAUAAGACAUAUGAUGCUGCCCGUUGCGGAGCCUAUCUUCAGAAGGAUGAUCUUUGGAUGGGCUUCGAUGACGAAGAGAGCGUUCGAUGCAAGGCAGCCUUCAUCAAGGAGAACGGGUUGAUCGGAGGAUUGCUUUGGGAUCUGCCUGAGGAUGAUUUCAUCAACGGCUCCCCCAUCGUGACGGCCUUCAGCCAGGCUCUCGGGGACGGAUGGGAGAAGAUAAAGAACGAAGGGAUUAAGGUGCUAGAAGAGUUUCUGGACACCGGACAUAUAAGAUCAACAGUGCCGCAGAACGCAGAUCCGCAGAAGCCACGCAAUGUCUUCAGCAAAGCCAACUAUGCAGACCUGUAUACGACAGUGUACAACAUGUGCACUCAGCGAACGCCGAACAACUGGUCUGAGCAGCUUUAUCGGCGAUACGGCGAGGCGAUGUCGGACUACGUGCAGCGCCAGGUCCUGCCAGCGUUGAAAGACAAGACGGACGUCCCGUUGAUGAAGGAGUUGCUGCACAGGUGGAUCAACCACAAGCUGUAUGUGAAGUGGAUGGACAGAUUCUUCACCUACCUGGACCGGUACUACGUCAAGCUCCAGUCUGUGGAGCCUCUGCACAACAGGGGCUACAGCAUCUUCAAUCAGCAGGUUUUCACGAGCGUAAUCAAGGACACGCGAUCAGCACUGUUGAAGGUCAUCAACCAGGAGCGACAAGGCGAGCACAUCGACCAGGAUCUCGUCAAAGGCGUCAUUGAGAUCUUCAUUGACCUUGGCCUGAACAGCUCGAAUCUGUACAACACUGAAUUCGAGGAAGCUUUCCUACCGGCCACUAGCAGCUAUUUCGUCCGUCAAGCAUCAGGCUGGCUGUCGGAGGACUCCUUUCCGGAGUACCUGCGCAAAGCCGAGGCGGCGUUGCAGGCCGAGGAACAGCGAUGCAACAGUUACCUAAACAGGACGACUCUUCCUAAACUACGGAACGUAGUAAUUAUUGCAGUCCUGCAGCAGCCGCAGAACCAGUUGCUCGAGAAAGAAACAGGUGUCGUGUACCUUUUGGACAAUGACAAGCGGGAGGAUUUGGCCAGAAUGCACCGCAUGUUCAGCCUGGUCGAGAAUGGUUUGAACCCAAUUUCGCAGGCGUUCCGCCAGUACGUGACUGAUAGGGGUAACCAGAUCGUGGACGAACGCGUGGAGCAGCAAAAGCAGGUUUCCUCCAAGACGGAAGCAUUGAAUGACCCAACCUUCAUUCAGACUCUCCUGGAUUUGCAUGAUCGCUUCAAAGGAAUCGUGCACGAGUGCUUCUCACAGGACUCCCUUUUCCAAAAGUCUCUCAAAGAAGCCUUCGAAGUCUUUGUGAACCGCGACAUUGGGAAGUUCUCCUUCGCGGCCUUGAUGUCUUCUUUCUGCGACCGCAUCCUCAAGAAGUCAGGCGAGCGACUCUCGGACGAGGAGGUGGAGUCCCGGCUGACGAAGAUGGCCGGACUCCUGGCAAAAGUUCUUUGCAGCCUGUGA